UCUCAUAACCUGUGCCUGACCAAUCUGCCUCCCGAGGGGCUGUGGGGAGCUCCCUCCACUCUGGCUUCUCCUUACCCCUUCUUGACUCCCUUGGCUCCCGGAGAGGGAUGGAGGCAAGGGGAGGAGGAAGAGGGGGAGACAGGGACUGACAGCAACUGCCCUUUCUCCAGGAUGGGUUGAGAGACACGAGAAUCUCCCGAGCUCCUUCCUCUGGGUGUUGCGGAGCAGACCCUGCCUGCCUGGCGGGGUGACUCCUCUGCACUGUCUGUGCGCGCUCCUGUGCGUGUGCUGCUGCCAUCGCAGAUGUACCCCCAGCUGUCACUUCGCCGCGCAGUCGCUCCCUCUCCCGUCUCUCUUUCCCUCUCCCCCUAUUUAUUAUUUACGGAGGAUUACAGUUCCUUUCCCACGCUGCCAUCUCACCGUGCGGCUCCUCUGCCCUCCGUGUGUGGCGAGGGGCUGGCUAGGAGGGGUUCCUGACAGCUAGGGUCCAUUGAGAGCCCAGCCAGCAACAGAGGCACUUUCUGCUGGAUUUGCUCUGGGAUUGUACCGGGUUCGCUGGAAGAGCUGUCGUUCUCACAGGAGGGUCCAGCCCAGCCCCAGAGAGGGAGUUAAAUAGAGCACACGGAAAGCCUGCUGCCGGGAGUGAAAGUCAAGGAGGGAGAGGGAAGCAAGAGGCAGUAACUGGGCAGUGCCUGGGGAGUCGGGUGGAAGUGGCUGCAGGCAGAGCCCCUCCAGGACCUGGCAGGCAGGGUACCAGGUCAUUCCUCCUCCCUUUGGGGCUGUGUGCCAGGCUGGCUGGUGGAUGUGAAGACACGCUGGAGAAGACAACAAUGCUGCCUACAACUGCUGGCCACAGGUGGAAGAGCAGGUUCCUCAUGAGGUGGCAAGAGGCUUGUUUGCUUGGCUGUUGGCUGUCACUAUGUGCUGCCGAGUCCUUCUUUGCUUGUCCUUCCUCCUGCAAGUGUAACAGUGGCAACCUGGAAGUGGACUGUAGUGGCUUGGGCCUCUCCUCCAUCCCCUCAGGCAUCCCCACAAACACCAGGACCUUCCUCUUUCUCAACAACAAACUCAGCAUCCUGCCAGGAGCAGUGUUUUCCAACCUCUCUGCUCUACAGAGGCUGGAUCUAUCCAACAACUUCUUGGACCAGCUCCCUCAGAACAUCUUCAGUGACCUGGGGAACCUCACGGAGCUCCAGCUGAGGAACAACAGCAUCCGGGCCUUAGACAAGGACCUGCUACAACACACGGCCCUGCUGCGCCAGCUGGAUCUCUCCAUCAAUGGCCUGGCCCAGAUACCUUCGGGCAUCUUUGACGACCUGCCUGCUCUCCGCUCCCUCUCUCUCAGGUCCAAUCGCCUGCAGAGCCUGGACAGGGUGACCUUCGAACCGCUAACCAGCCUGCAGCAACUCCAAGUUGGGGAUAACCCCUGGGAAUGUGACUGCAACCUCCGAGACUUCAAGCACUGGAUGGAGUGGUUCUCCUACCGAGGUGGGAAAAUCGACCAGCUGGCGUGUACCCUGCCCAAGGAGCUGAAAGGAAAGGAUAUGCGAAUGGUGCCCAUGGAGAUGUUUAACUACUGCUCCCAGCUGGAUGAUGAGAACAGCUCUACAGUGCUGGACAAUACUGGCCCACCCUGCACUAAAGGAAGCCCAACUCCUUCCAAAUCUAAAUCAGGUCCAGAAACAGAAGUGGAGCCCAGUGUGGGAUGCCCUCAGAAACAGCGAUAUAGGCCUGUGAGCGUGCGCCGGGCUAUUGGCACUGUGAUCAUUGCAGGGGUGGUUUGCGGCAUUGUGUGCAUCAUGAUGGUGGUGGCAGCUGCUUAUGGUUGCAUCUAUGCCUCCCUUAUGGCCAAGUACCACCGGGAGCUGAAGAAGAGGCAGCCACUCAUGGGUGACACAGAAGGUGAACACGAAGAGCAGAAACAAAUCUCUUCUGUGGCAUGAAACUCUUCUAGGAAGAAAGGGACAGCAAUGAACAAAGGUACCUGAGAGCAGUCAAGCGUGGGGUCCUCCCAACAUACAUCUUCCCAGAUAGACAGACAGACUGUGCUAUUGCUCCACUCACCCAAGUAGUGUAACAUGCUUCUGGGCGGGCAGGACACCUGGCUCAAUUUCUGUUCCUCUGCCCCAGGCCCAUUUUGUGCCCUUUCACCCUUGGGCCCUCCCAGACAAAUAAAGUAGAGUCAGAUCUCGAGUGCUUGCUGUGCCUCAUGACCCUGCACAGACCUUCCCUCACAUGCCUGCUGUGGCACCUUCUGGGAACCUGUGCAUCCUUUCAGCUUUGGUCCUGAGUCUUCCUGUAUCCUGUCAAGAGCUCUCUGCAAACAGAGAGCAGCUCUGUGAAAGCUUCUGUGGGUAGCAGGACACCAAAAGUGUCCAUGCCCUGCUGUUAGGGUCACUGCUGUUGUGUGACAGGAAGUUGCUGCUCACCCUCCAAGUCAGUGCUGUCGAGAGCACAUCAGAAAGGACAGAAGGUCCCUAGGAGCUGACAACAGUCAGGGGGAGAUUUCCCUUCUCACUUCUAAAGGCGGAAAGAUACCUGUAUCACUCUAACACAUUGUCCGGGAGCACAGUGUCCCUCUUUUUGCUCCUGGCCAAGUCCAGAUCUGCGAGCUGGCACACAUAUCACCUGCUAUAGGUACGCAGAUACAGACCUGUCCUUCUGCACACACACACACUGACUCAUUCUGAUCCCAACACAUACACACAGUUGGCCCCAGCUCCAGACAUCCAGGCACCCCACCUGUGCAUGCAGAGCCACGUGUCCAUGUUGAUCUACCCUCCGUGUGCAGCCAUGAGUACAUUCAGCCACUUUACUCUCACCAUAACAGUGCACGGCAUCUUCUGCUUCAGACAAAAUACAUGCACCCUGCUACUGAGGACCUAACGGAAACAUCUCAGCCAUAAUGCAGAGCCAGUGGAAAUGGGCAGGAUAGGAUGGAGAGAAACAAAGUUAUUAAGGUUACAGCAUGAGUCUGUGGAAACAAGUACACAGCAUGAAAAAAAAAUACAGUGUGCUCUUGUUAUCUAUUUUAUGUUUUCUAUGAUAAAUGGAGACCGUAAGGAUAUGAAGCCUCCAUUUGGAAACGUCUGAUUGGUAGAGCAGAAGUGGGCCAUCAGGAGAGACUAGGGGAGGAGGUGGCUUACCAGCCUCGGUAGUGUAAGCUAUGUUGAGAAGUAGCAUGAGCCUAAGGGAAGGUGGCGGGGGAAGAAGGCACACAACCCAAGAGGGGCAAGCACGGCGUAUGGAGUAGGGUUAUGCAGCUGGGGUGACUGAAGAGAGGGGCACAAUUCUGGAGGGUCUUGAGGUGAAGGCUGAAACCUGGACCACAGUAUGACAGAGGUGGGAGAGCCCAGGAAGGGUCCUGCAUGGUCCAGCACAGUCCACAUAUGCUCCCCUCACCAUCACUUCUGCGUUCAUUGCCAUGCACAGCUGCAGAUGAGUGUGCAUACACACACAACUGCACACACUGCCACUGUCACUUAGGGUGACUUCCCCCAACCAGAUUUUAAAGCCCUCAGACUGCAGUGCCUCCUAUUAGUCUCAGCUCCUUCCAACCUGACACAAAAAAAAAAAAAAAAAAAAAGUGAGAGGAGGAAAAAAAAUGAAAGGAACUCAACAUAAGGACUCAUUUUGUAUCACUGGAAGUGGGAUAAAAUGCUGUCUCCAGGGGAGAGCGCACAUUGCCAUGGUAACCUGCUCUAACCCAUCACAGUGGGUAUUCCUGAGUGAGGAAGAUGACACCGGAGGUCGUGCAUCCGCAGUGCCUGUGGAUGGUGUGAUCCCUGCCAUCAGGAAACAAGCUGGCAGCCAGCCCAGCUUUGCAGGGUGUUUCGCUAGCAACCUGUGUUCAGAGCCCAGCAUGCGCUGCAGGUGGACCCUGCCAGGGCAUCUCACCUUUUUCUCGUGCUCCAGCUGGAUCCCAAUGCCUUUGGACAUCUCACAGCCCUCCUGCUCACUGCUGCUGGAUCCCUGUGGAAGUAAUGCACGCUGGCUCCUCAUUCCCUUCUGGUCCCAGAUAGGUGGUUGUACUGACCCAUGGGCACACAGUGCUGAAGUGUGUGAGUGUGUGUUUCCUGGCCUACCCAGCGCCACCACAGGCAAAAUGAUAGGAUGCUCUGGACUGUUUUAGCAUGAUUUUCCUUUGACACAGUGAUGCAUGGGACAGGGAAAGAUGUUCUUCAGUAAGCAGCAGACCAGGCUGCCCUGAAAGAAUGACUGGGAGAAGCAGUCCACCCACAAGUGUGCGCACACAUUGUACCCCCACUCCCAGCACACUGCUUUUGGGGAAGAGAAGGAGAGAGGCUGGUAAGAUGUGAGGAGGAAGGACUCUUCCCCCAUGCACUGUAUAGCCACUCCAACCAUCCCAUGCUGCAACCGUAGCCCGCUCUGAAGGGCAGAACUGGUGCACUGCAGACUCCAUAUGCGUGUUACUGCUGCUCCACAUUUCCGGCAAGCCAGGACUAGACUCUGCCUGCUGGAUCCAAACCUCUCCCCAAACUCCCUCUCAGGGGAACUUCUCCCUUUACCAUACUGGACUCCGCAAUCAUACUUGAAAUGGGACUUGAGUCAGAGUGGUAUAUUUAUAGAUCUAUAUUUUACUUGCAUCAAAUAAUGGUGAAAUAUUGCACAAAACAAAUGGGACCUGUGUGUGUGUGUGUGUGUGUGUGUGUGUGUGUGUGUGUGUGAGUGAACAAGAGAGUAAGGGAGAGAUCAUUUUUAAGGGGAUGGACUAGAGGUAAAAUUAAUGGGAGGGAGGCAGGGGACAAUGCAGGGGUUGGGGGGCUGAAAUCCUCUUUCCCUGCACCUUCCCUGUGACCUUCUCCUGCCCUGACCAAUUUUUCAUUGUUGCUAAUAAUAUUUUCUAUAUCUUGUGUUGUGGGGCUGAUGGUGACCUUGCCCAUUCUUUUUUUUUUUUCAUUUAUAAGGCAGAAAGUCUGGAUUCAUCUGAACCCUAGAAAAGGGACUGCUAUAUUUAGAAAUCCACCCAGGAAAGGAGAAGAUGGGAUAGGGGAGAAAAGAGGGCUGCUGAGAAACAUGAAGGCUGGCUGCUACGGGGAGUCCCACUGGAAGUAAAAUACUGUGACUGGAAGGACAAGGACCUGUCCUCCUUCAUGCAGAGCAGGGUAACAGGGUUCACUGGGAAAUGUCCUCUUUAUACCACUGUUUGCAAACAGGUUCUUACUCUGCUCCCUAGCACACCUGGAAAACAGGCUGCCCUAGUGUGACUGAGCUGCUGCACUGCCCACAGGCACUCUAGGGAACAUGGUACCCAGCCAGGUCAGAAACUAAGCUCUCCUGUGGGAUGCUGGAUAUAGAACAAGACCCAGUGCUCCUUGUGUGCCCAGACAACAGGUUCCUCUGAUGUGUGGGGACAGGAGGUCCUGUGCUUCCUGCAGGCAUGGCUAGGCAUGGGGGAAAUCCUCCUGAACGCACCCUUUGCUGCAGGCAGGUGUAUCAAUGCCACAUGCAGGUACCUGCCCUCAGGAAAUGGUCUUCUGGGGCUGGCAGGCCCAACACAUGCCAGGGUGAUGGAGGGGUUGGCAGGGCCACCAGAAACACACUUUCUACUCCCCCUGCUCCCCUUCCCCACACACCCACCUGUGGUACAAGCAGGCACAUUUCUUGUAGGGAACAGAUGGCACUUGUAAUUCCUUUUUCUUUUUGUUACUGUUUGAGGGAGAGCAACAAGAUUUUCUAAAAUGAUUGAAUGGAGGUUUCUCUGGCAUGAGACAGAACAUUUUUAAAGGUAUAUUAUAUUUCUGGCUUGUUGUUACAGAAGAAUAAUAAAGAAUGUAUUUUCCUA